AUGCAGGAGCUGGUGGCCGGUGUGGAGAAGAUCAGGUUUGACUUGGAGGCUGAUGUGGAGCAGCAGCGAGGAGCUUGGCCCCUGCCCUUCCCAGAGCCGGGGGUGGCCGUCUGCGAGUUCUUCCACCGAGGGCUGUGCACCAAGGGGCUCUGCAAGAAGGGCGACGGGCGCGCUUUCCUGCACAAGUACGAUGUGACCAAGAUGCCCGAGUGCUAUUUCUACUCCAAGUUCGGGGAGUGCAGCAGCAAGGACUGUCCCUUCCUGCACGUUGAUGCCACCGCCAGCACCAUGGGCUGUCCCUGGUAUGACCGCGGUUUCUGCAGGCACGGUCCCCUGUGCAAGUACAAGCACACGCAGAGGGUGAUGUGCACCAACUACCUCGUUGGCUUCUGCCCAGAAGGACCCAAGUGCAAAUUCACGCACCUCAAGGCCGGGCUGAUGACGAGCAGCAUGGAUCCAUCCAAGGGAGCUGGCUGUCCCCGGGGGCUGGAUCUGGCUGUCAGCGGGGACAGUGGAUGCAAGGACGUGCCACCCAUGGAGACCACUCUACCAGCCACCGGCGCUACCCAGCGCCUGGCAGCACAGCUGUGGGACACCAGUAGCUGCCCCCCGGGCCCACAGGGCCUGCUUGAACCAGACAUCUGCUUCAAGUGCGGACAGAAAGGUCACUAUGCCAGAAAGUGUGGGAAAACUCAGAUGGAAAUCCUGCUGGGGAAGUGA